AUGCCCCCAGAUGGCUUGCGGCUUCCCUCCUCAGCAUCCGUCACCAGCCUCACCAAACCGAACAGCGUCCGUAGCACUCGCGCGCCGCCUUCAACCUUGAAGCCUGUGGUGACUGCUCCCCCUUGGGCCCGAGACGAACCACCUUCGCCCACAGAAGGCGACCGGCCUACGUCCAGCGAAACGAUUCGGCAUCCACUUGAAUAUCGUGUGUCCGACGUAACCUCGUACGCAUCGUCCGACAUCCCAGAGGACCCAGGCCCAUCUCGCUGGUGGAUUUUCACGCGCCAUCGCCAUUCCUCCUCGCAGACCGACCAGAGCGUUCCUCUCACGAGCAGUCCGCUGCGGAAGGGCCUGCGGGAAUGGGACAGAUCGCUUUCCAUACCCUGGCUAGGCACCUCCAACCACCAGCGUUCGUCCGAAGGCAGCCCUGUUCUAUACAAAGGUCACGAGAACGGUUUAGGAAGUCCUUUUGCAUUAGAGCGCCCCCUGUUCGCCGCUGAUCCCCUGCACGUUGACAUCCCUCCCCCGCCGAGCGCACCGUACACCAUUGCACAGAAUGCUACCCCGGGCUGGGAUACACCCUGGACUGCCCGUCCCCUGGAUCUCGUUUCAAGAGGCCGGCCUACCCACGAGGACAUCGGAGAGCUGCCAACUAUGAAUGGACAAGCCGACCACAACGAAAAAGUCGGUUCAUGGGCGAAACGAAAAAAGAGGAUUCGGACUUACAUGAUAUAUAACCCAUAUGUUCCGCUGCUGUUCCGUUUCAUCAAUAUUGCGUUUACGACCGCUGCGCUAGCUGUGGCGAUUCGAAUACGCAUGAUUGAGCGGGAAAAUGGUGUUAUGGGUGCUGUUGGUUCUUCUCCGACUCUGGUGGUAAUUUUUGGUUCUUUGACUCUUGUACAUGUUAUGAUCGCCAUAUACGUUGAAUAUUUCGGUCGUCCUGUUGGUCUGUGGCACACGUCAAGUAAACUCGCAUAUACCCUGAUUGAGGUCGUGUUCAUCUGUGCUUGGUCUGCGGCACUCGCACUCUCUUUUGACAAUUUCUUCACCUCCCUGAUACCCUGCGCCUCCGACUCCAACAUCUCAUGGUACAGCGAACUCCCGCGACCUAUGAUCGCCGGGCUGACGAACAACGAAGGCACCGUAGGAGAUUCGAUAUGCGACGACCAGCUCGCAUUGAUCUGUCUCAAUAUUCGAGAGAGUCAAGUAUCAUCCUACAACGACUAUAUCCUGAUGUCUUCCACGAGAGCUACUGGCAUCUCAGACGAGUUGGCCAAAGUAGCGCUGUCGGUGGACAUAUUCACUAGCGGCACGUUGGCGAAAGAUGCGAAAAAAAAAAUGGCAUGUAGCAGCGCGUCCCAGACUACCAAGCGAGGCAAGGAGUCUCAAUAUGUUCAGAAGUGGUCCGGGCAGGAUGCGGACCCGAAGAACACAACCGACCUUUGGAUCCAGAUAGGCUACGAUGACGAGCGGCGGCAACAUGCCAGGCUUGGGGAUCGCGAUGACGAGCAUGUAUGUAUUCCAUGGAGGCCAGUAGCUAGACGAGUGCAUGGACUGUGGCAACCAUCGAGCGGUGCGCGUUACGACGAGGAUUGGGCAGAUGGUGCAUCCAUCCUCAUCCAGGGCAGAUUGCAACUUCAAGGGUGGUUAGGGCGCCACGCCAGGAGGGGCGCUCCAGGGCAAGCGGAGGGCCUUCUAGGUGCAUACUACGCCGACAUUGGAGACUCGCGCAGGGAUCUGGUGAUGGACUCGAGUUAUGUAACCUCCUAG